AUGUCCGAGUCCCGCCCAAAAUGGGCCUUCGUCCUUGACGAGAUCCUGAACCACCACGCCUCGCGAGAGGCUGGAGCCAUACGACAUGAAGCGCAAAUUAAUAGCUUCCUGCAAAACUGGGAACCGUCGACAUCACACCGAUCUAGUCUGUCCAAACAGGUCAAGUCCAUCCUCAAAACGGCAAAGCGGUACAACGUCAGCUUCGCCGCCAUCAAACUGGACAGAGAACUCAAACUCCAACUACCAGUCUGGUACCACAUCGGUGCGGAAGCCCGCAUGCGAAGACUCAACAACACCCAAAGAAGUGAUUGCCUGAGACUAUGCCACGGAGUUCAAAGACUCGCCGACCUGUCCGCAAUACUAGCCGACCACGGACCAGACACAGCCCUAAACGAUGAACAAUGCACCUGCUCCCUCUGCAUGUCCGCAGUCGAAAACGGGUGUAGAGACCCUUCCGCAUGCUACACCGCGGCAAAGACAAUUUUGGACCUAAUUCGUCCAAAAUGGCACCCAAGUUUCACAGCCCCGCGUGACGGCUUGUCCCUGACGAGAAGGAGGAGGGAAGUCAACGAGACUGCCCUCCUAUCGGAAGACAGCGUCACUUUCGACCCAUCCGUAACAUCGCGAGGAAACAUCACAGAGGCUUUCCGCGCCUUCGUAGACACCACGGUCCAUGACGCCCCUCCAGCGAUACGGCGUCGCCCUGGGCGAACAGUAGCGGAGGAAGCAGAAACGGUGUACCUCCUGGACACGAAAGACGUCCUCAAGCAAGCCGGCCGGAACAGACCACCCGAGCGACACGUCGGAUUCGCCUUCUUCGGCGACGGCGACAGGCGUAACACGAUCGUCGCACAAACACUCCCGGAAGAAAACGAAGGCAACGCCCUGGGUAGCAUCCUGGCGGCACUGUACGCGGCCGAAACAGUGCCAGGCGACGCACCCCUCCACCUGGUCUCG